CUGGUUACACCUAAAGAAAAAGCUUCACUCCUUCAGUCCUCCUCUAUCUGCAGUUUCGUCGGCCGGUCCGUCUAAUAGUCUAAUCUCGCCUGAAGCAUAGCAUGUGAGCCUUUCCCCACAGAGUCGAGUAGAAUCUAGUUUUUGUCCGGCUGGUAGGUUUGUUCACAAUCCUGAAAAUAGUCGGGAUAUAAACUUAUGGAUUGUCCCUACAAAAUUAGUCAAGCUUCAUCCGGACAAAAUGACGACUCAGUCGGGAAUGGAAGGGUUUUGCGCAGUGUGUGGUCACGCCAACAAUCACCACCACACUGCGCCCUGCCCUGCGGCUGGUUGCUCGAAUAGAUGGAAGGAAUGCACCAUUGACAACUGCUUCAGAAGGCCUUCCAAGGAAGCUAAGGCCUCGAAGGGUUCUUAGGGUUCUAAGGGCUCUAAGGGCUUCAAGGCUCUAGAAUACACAUCAUACAGGGUGUGCUAUGGAUGCAAGGAUCACCCGGCAUGCAGGGAGGAUCUCGACUUUUACAAGGUCGAGCAGGUCGAUGUUCUGAAGCAGCAGAAUAAGGACUACGCUGAGACUGGGACUGCGGGGGGUCAAGAUGUCGAAGGGAAUUGGACUCGCUGACCCAGUUCCCUGAAGACAACUCAAAUGUACUGCUGAGGCAUACCCGCAUAUUGCGGCGACAUUGAUGUAUUUCAUCUCCUACAUACUGGGCGCGGUCAUUUCACAUUAUCAUAAAUCAAGCUUCUAGUAGCCAUCGUGCUCUA